UUUCCCUCCCCUCCCGGCACAUCCUUCCCUCACCCCGCCCCCACAAUCCCAAAUCCCCACCCCAAUAUGUUGCUCCUCCUCCUCGCCAUCCGAUCUCUCCUCCGUGAAUGGGGGGUGAGAGCCCCCCUCCCAAACUGCCUGCUUCUCCCGGAAGUGGAGCUUCUGCUCCGGAUUGCUGAUUUGCGCCGUAGCUCUAGGGGCGCGCGCUUUCGGAAAGGGGAGGAGGGGCGGCAGGGGAGGACACCCCCCCCCGUGGAUAUUGCAGGAAAGGAAAGGAGAAUCUGGAGCGAGGACAAAGAGGCAGUGUCAGAGUGACUGACAAGGUGAGAUACAACCCAUCAGCAUCCAAUGAUAGCCAUUGCAUGAUUCUUCCCAGUCAAAGGACCCAUUUUCAUGAUAGACAAUACCUCUGACUGGAGGCUCAACACACAGGGUGUGCCUAUGCAGGCCAAAGACUACCAGUAUUAGCACAGGAUUUCCUUUCCUCCCACGCUGAGGAGGGUCAUGGAGAAGAGAGACAGACUUCCAGGGGAAAGGGCACCUUUGGUUUCAUUAGAUAUAGACCUUAAAAUGUGUGAAAUGUGGAACAUGCUUCAUUGAAUGGGCACACAUAGCUCACAUAAACAAACCCCAAAAGUGGUGAAACCAUUUAAAGGUAUGGAGUGUGGAAAGACUUUCACUGAUAGAACACAUCAGCCGACUCACAUGGGCAAGAAAGGAUUCAAAUACAAGGAGUGUGGGAAAAACUUCAGUCAGAGUGGACACCUCAAUAUACAUCAACGGACUCACACAGGGGAGAAACCAUUUAAAUGCAUGGAGUGCGGAAGGAAAUUCAGUCAGAGUGGACAACUAAAUAUGCAUCAACUGACUCACACAGGGGAGAAACCUUUUAAAUGUAUGGAGUGUGGAAAGACCUUUCGUGAUAAUGGAACCCUUAGAGGACAUCAAGAGACUCACACAGGGGAGAAAUCAUAUGAAUGUAUGGAGUGCGGAAAGAGCUUCAGUUUCAAUGCAAUCCUUAGACGACAUGAACGGACUCACACAGGGGAGAAACCAUAUGAAUGUAUGGAGUGUGGAAAGAGCUUUUGUGAUAAUGGAAACCUUAGAACACAUCAUCGGACACACACAGGGGAGAAACCAUAUGAAUGUAUGGAGUGUGGAAAGAGCUUCAGUUUCAAUGCAAACCUUAGACGACAUCAACGGACUCACACAGGGGAAAAACCAUUUAAAUGCAUUGAGUGCGGAAAGAGAUUUAGUGAUAAUGGAAAACUUAGAAGACAUCAAGAGACUCACACAGGGGAGAAACCAUUUAAAUGUAUAGAGUGUGGAAAGAGCUUUUGUGAUAAUAGAACCCUUAGAACACAUCAACGGACUCACACAGGAGAGAAACCAUAUGAAUGUAUGGAGUGCGGAAAGAGCUUUCGUGAUAAUAGAACCCUUAGAACACAUCAACGGACUCACACAGGAGAGAAACCAUAUGAAUGUAUGGAGUGCGGAAAGAGCUUUCGUAAUAAUGGAACCCUUAGAACACAUCAACGGACUCACACAGGGGAGAAACCAUAUGAAUGUAUGGAAUGCGGAAAGAGCUUUCGUGAUAAUAGAACCCUUAGAACACAUCAGUGGACUCACACAGGGGAGAAACCAUAUGAAUGUAUGGAGUGUGGAAAGAGCUUUAGUGAUAAUGGAACCCUUAGAACACAUCAACGGACUCACACAGGGGAAAAACCAUUUAAAUGCAUGGAGUGCGGAAGAAAAUUCAGUCAGAGUGGACACCUAAAUAUGCAUCUACUGACUCACACGGGUGAAAAACCUUUUAAAUGCAUGGAGUGCGGAAAGAGCUUUAGAGAUAAUGGAAAACUUAGAAGACAUCAACGGACUCACACAGGGGAGAAACCAUUUAAAUGUAUAGAGUGUGGAAAGAGCUUUAGUGAUAAUGAAAAACUUAGAACACAUCAACGGACUCACACAGGGGAGAAACCAUAUAAAUGUAUGCAUUGUGGAAAGAGCUUCAGUAAUAGUGGAAACUUCAAUAUACAUCAACGGACUCACACAGGGGAGAAACCAUAUGAAUGUAUGGAGUGCGGAAAGAGCUUCAGAGAUAGUGGAAGCCUUAGAAUACAUCAACGGACUCACACAGGGGAGAAACCAUAUGAAUGUAUGGAAUGCGGAAAGAGCUUUCGUGAUAAUGGAAUCCUUAGAACACAUCAACGGACUCACACAGGGGAGAAACCAUAUGAAUGUAUGGCGUGCGGAAAGAGCUUUCGUGCUAAUGGCAACCUUAGAAGACAUCAACAGACUCACACAGGGGAGAAACCAUGUAAAUGUAUGGAGUGCGGAAAGAGCUUUCGUGAUAAUGGAACCCUUAGAAGACAUCAACGGACUCACACAGGGGAAAAACCAUUUAAAUGCAUGGAGUGCGGAAGGAAAUUCAGUCAGAGUGGACACCUCAGCGUGCAUCAACUGACUCACACAGGGGAGAAACCAUAUGAAUGAUUUGUUCUCGGGAGCUAAGUUUUGUGCCUCACUGUGGUCCCAGUCAUAACUGUAGCCUUUGAAAGCUCAGUAAACUAUUACUGAAGAAGUCCUGCUGCCUGUGUGUGUCUUUUUGACCUCAGUGUGGCACUUGCUCUACACGUGGCCCCUCCCCUGCUGCUACUUAGCUCAUGCCCUGGAGUUGCUGUACUCAAGCACACAAGAUGGUUUUUGCACCAAACUCUGUCACCCCUACCACUACAUGAUCUCCAAACACUUCUUCUUCAACAGAACCUCAUCUUGAAAUACUGAAAUUCAAUGGGAGAUUUCCCCCCAAAGCCUAAGUUCAAGACGGGGAAUGUGGGGCUGCAGGUACCAGGGAAGUCUCCUGGUGGGUCCAUCUUCACUCAUGAACCCCAUGGGACAACCUGCUUAUUCUGGAGUUUGAGAAGCAGUUUAAAUGAAAAGAUUGCAAAAAGUGCUUUAUUUACAAUGGAGUGUUUAAGGAACAUCCAGGGACUUUCCCAUGGAAGAACCCAUUUAGAUGUAUGGAGAGUGGGAUGUUUUCCUUUCAGUGUCCACUCUUUCUUCACAGCAAUGAACUCAGCACGAAAUCAGUCUUAAACACGCGAUGUGUAUUUGAAAUUCUUGUGUUUAUAUGUAAAACUGAACAGCAAUGAAAUAUUGAAGGCAAUGUCUAACAAUGUGAGUAUAAUCUAAGAGGUAAAGUACCUUUUGAUAGAGAGGAUGAAUCUGGUUUGCUGGUGGUGAGUGAGGAUUAGGGCUGGGCUCUAUAUUGAUAUCUGGUCCAAUACUGGUUUCUAGACCACAUCUCGAUAACCUUCGAAGAACAACUGAUAUGGCAAUACACUGUCAAUCGCAGUGUGUGUUUCUGGGAUGUGCCUGCAAGCAGCGGCAAAAAGCUUUUCUUCGUGAAGCCCCUGCAGAUGCCGAGUUGCUGACGUCCCUCCAAAACGAGGGGAAACGAAAGACACACAUCCAUUGCCCUGUGUCGUUCCAGCCUCUUUCCUCGCUUGCUCCCUUCUGCCGGUGUGUGUGCCUGACUUAGAUAUCCUGUGUGCUGUAUUUUUUUACUGCUGAAACUGGAUCUGCUCUCAGGAGCUAAGUUUUGUGCCUCACUGGGGACCCAGUGAGAACUGUAUGCUUUGAAAGCUCAGUAAAGUAUUACGGAAGAA